CUUCCCCUCCUAGUGCGAUCGGCGGUCCCGCGGAUCUGUUUCUUGCUUCAACAGUGUUUGGACGGAACAGACCCGGGGACGCCCCUACUACCAGCCUCCUACCACCCUCCAACCUUUUUUCCAGUCGCAAUCUGCGGAGCCAUCUGUUGUACCAUCUUCUUCUGGGACCAACCAAAACCAAUUUUUGAGCCUAGCUCCUUACUGCCGACCAGCCAUGAGCUCCCAGAUCCGUCAGAACUACUCCUCGGAGGUGGAGGCCGCCGUCAACCGCCUGGUCAACUUGCACAUGCGGGCCUCCUACACCUACCUCUCUCUGGGCUUCUAUUUCGACCGUGACGAUGUGGCUCUGGAGGGCGUGAGCCACUUCUUCCGCGAAUUGGCCCACGAGAAACGUGAGAGGGCGGAACGUCUCUUGAAGAUGCAAAACCAGCGCGGCGGGCGCGCCCUCUUCCAGGAUAUUCAGAAGCCGUCGCAAGAUGAGUGGGGUAAAACGCAGGACGCCAUGGAAGCCGCCUUAGUCUUGGAGAAAAACCUGAACCAGGCCCUUCUGGAUCUGCAUGCCCUGGGUUCUGCCCGCACAGAUCCGCAUAUCUGUGAUUUCCUGGAGAACCAUUUCUUAGAAGAAGAGGUGAAAAUCAUCAAGAAAAUGGGCGACCACCUCACGAACCUCCGCAGACUGGAGGGCCCCCAGGGCGGGGUGGGCGAGUAUCUGUUUGAGAGACUUACCCUCAAGCAUGACUAGGAGACUCGGGAGCCCCCACCCCCCCCCCAGCCUCGUGUGCGAGGCUUCAUGCGGAGCCCCUCCCUGCAGCCACCCUGGAACCCUCUCUCCAAGCCUUGGACCAGAUGGGAAAAAAAAUAAAGCUUUUUGCAGCA